AACUUUUCAAUAGUGGGAAUCGGAUGGUGGGCAAGCGACCUGCACUUCCCGUUUUCGUCGGUUUUCUGCCAAGAGAUAGGAAGAAGUAAAGGAGGGGAAGCGUGAAACUUCAACUGGAAACUCACAUAAGUGGGGAUCGAAGUCGAAUAACUUGUGGUCUCAGGUUCCGAUUCGAUCCCUUUUUCCCAGGAAAUCUAUGAUUUUCUCUUUUCCCAUAUGCUGCUCUGAAUCCAGGCCAUCGAAGCUUGAGGAGCAGCUCUGGUCAGGGCUCUCCAUGAUACUGGGAAGCGAACUUAGGGGUUUGGUGAUCUGAAAUUGUAUUUGAUCGGACUUUGGCUUUGGAGACAUGCGCAUCUCGGAGUUGGAAGAGGGAAUCAAGGCAGAGGAGCCGGGGUCGGUAGAUGACGGCAGGAUCGGGGCGUUCAAUCCGAAGAGGACGAUAGUUGGAGUUGGGGCGAGGUUUCUUUUCUAUCCCACGCUUCUUUAUAACGUUCUGCGGAAUAAGAUCCAGGUGGAGUUCCGCUGGUGGGACGAGGUUGAUCAGUUUUUGCUGUUAGGAGCUGUUCCUUUCCCUGGUGAUAUUCCUCACCUAAAGCAGCUUGGUGUGGGCGGAGUGGUCACUUUGAAUGAACCAUAUGAGACAUUGGUGCCCACAUCCCUUUACCAAGCUUAUGGGAUUGAGCAUUUAGUAUUACCAACUAGAGAUUACUUAUUUGCCCCCUCUUUUGGAGAUAUAUGUCGGGCUGUAGAUUUCAUUCACAGGAAUGUAUCUCGUGGAAAAACUACUUACGUUCACUGCAAAGCUGGGCGUGGGCGCAGCACAACUAUUGUUCUCUGCUACCUGGUAAAAUACAGGCGGAUGACACCUAGUGCAGCAUAUGAGCAUGUUAGAGUGAUUAGACCGAGGGUUCUCUUGGCUUCUUCACAGUGGCAGGCUGUACAAAAAUACUACCAUCUUGCUGUAGAAAAAAAUAACAAUUUCCAAAAUUUCGACAAUUCGUUACCACCUCCAUUAGCCCUCACGGCCACCACCCCACACCUCUCAACUUUCGAAGACAGCUCCUUUGUUAUGGUAUCAAAAUCUGAUCUCGAUGGAUAUGAUGGAAACAGCAGCAACCUAUGGGCAGAACUGAGCUUAGUUUACAGGAUGCAGUUUGCCAGUCAAGCAGCCAUUGCGAGGCUUUCAUGUCUCUGGCUUCGAUGUCACGAUGAUAAGAAGCGAGGAGUCGAGAGCUGCUCUCUUGAGGCUGAUCAGAUGGGAAUGAUGGGGCUUCCUUGCCUGAUGACUGGAGUGGUUGUAAAAUUGUAAACAGUGAGUAUUGCACUUUUAACCUUUUGUAUGUAGUUAAAAAUAUAUAUAUAUAUAUAUCAAUAAACACCUCUGUACUUAUUCAACCUUGCUGGUGCUGAGCCCUCUACCGGAAAGCCAUCUGCCAGCAAGUGUGAUGGGAAGUCAAUUAUCAGGUGGUUACUUGUUUGCAUGUACAUGUAUAUAAAGUGAUAAUUCAACGACCUUACUUUUUGUAUCUUUAAUAGUUGAUUUUUAUUUCUGCCGUAA